GCGUUUUCUGUAGUUUCUCUCUCUGUGGUCUUUCUUUCUCCGUCACUCUCCUUCGAAGAUGGGAGCAAAUGGUCGGUGGCUGCUCUCCCCUGUCUUAUUCUUCCUCCUCCACUUUCAUUGCCACUACUACUUUGUCUUCUCCUACAUCUCUCUUUCCAAGAAGCUUCCUUAUCCAGUGCCCUUUAAAUCUGAGAAAGCCUGCACCUUUAAGGUGUCUGAGCUCACUAACGAUGGAAUCCCCGAAACCCAUCCUCGAUUUCGAAAAGUUCGACGAUGGGUUUGUUCAGAAACUCGUCUACGAUGCUCUCGUUUGGUCUUCCCUUCACGGCCUUGUCGUCGGUGACAAAAACUUAUCAGAGAUCAGGAACCCAGGGGAGAAUGACUUCUUUAAGGUGUUUGGUCCAGCGUUCAAGAGGAACGCGAGGUGGUCUGUUAACACUCGUGUGCCUGAUCUGGGAGAUGAGAACACGCCGGUGAAAGAGGUUGACAGCUACUACAACUUCUGGUACGCUUUCAAGAGCUGGAGAGAGUUUCCCGAGGAGGAGGAGCACGAUCUCGAGGAGGCAGAGUCGCGCGAGGAGAAGAGGUGGAUGGAGAGAGAGAACGCGAGGAAAACACAGAAGGCUAGAAAGGAGGAGUACGCUCGGAUAAGGACUCUUGUGGACAACGCUUAUAAGAAGGACCCGAGGAUAGUGAAGAGGAAGGAGGAGGAGAAGGCGAAGAAGCAGGCAAAGAAAGAUGAAAAAGUGAUGGCCAAGAAGAAGCUGGAGGAAGAAGCUGCGGCGGCGAUCGAGGAAGAGAAGAGGAGGAAAGAAGAGGAAGCUAAACUCGCUGCAGAGGCUGCUCAGCAGCAAAAGAAAAAACAAGGAGAAGGAGAAGAAGCUUCGUUCCAAGGAACGGAGUCGGCUCAGGACUCUCUCUGCACCUGUUCUGUCCCAGCGUCUGCUUGGCAUCUCUGUUGCAUACGUGGAGGAUCUCUGCAUGUCGCUAAACACCGAGCAGCUGAGGAAGCUGUGCGACAAGAUGGAGAACAAGGAAGGGCUGAAGCUGGCAAAUGUGCUCAAGAAUGGGAACAAUGAUGAAACUGAGAGUGAAGAAGAAGAAGUGGUUGAAGCUAAGCAGAAUGGUCAUGUAGAAGCCAAUGGAUUUGCUACUCAGAGCCCUUAAGCUGCUGCAAUGGUCUGAGAAUUUUUGGUUUUUGACAGAGAGAAGAGAAGUUCCAGGGGAGAAUGACCUUUCGAUUUCUAUUUUUUGUUACUGCUUUGUCGAUUUCUGUUUUGUCAGUCUCAUUGUCUGAGUUUGGAAACUUUAGUUUUGAUGGGGAAAUUGGUAACGCUCAUUCAUAACAGCAUACUUUAAAAAAGAUUGAGAAAUCUUCCAUACACAUUUGAUCAUAUUACAUGUUUUAAAUUUUUUUUUUUUUUUUUAUUCCUAAUGACUCUAAAUUAGAAAACACUAUUGGACAUUCUAUUUUGAUUAGAAUCCUUUAACUAUUCUAAAAAAAAAAAAAAAUU